AUCAGAUCGAGAACAACACAUCUUCCCGAUGUAUCCGAAGAGUGAGAGUGAAAGUGCAAUUUCGAUUUAGUACAAAACAGUUGUUAGUAAGCGAUAGACGACGCCGAUAAGAUGUCACCUUUGCGGUGGGGAAUUGCGGGUGCUGGAACGAUUUCACACGAUUUUGUGUGCGCUCUGUCGACGUUGCCCGAGAGUGACCACCGAGUUGUUGCCAUUGCCGCCAGAGGACUCGAGAAUGCGCAAAAAUUCGCCGAUCAGCACGGGAUUCCGGUGUUCACCGUUGGAUAUGAGGCUCUAGCGAAAAAUCCACACGUUGACAUUGUCUAUAUUGGCACGGUGAACAGCCUUCACUACGAGCACGCCAUGAUGAUGCUGGAUGCCGGCAAGCAUGUCCUCUGCGAGAAACCUUUGUGUGUGAACGAGGGCCAGGCGAAGGCCUUGCUCGAAUAUGCCCGCGAGAAAGAACUCUUUUGUAUGGAAGCAAUCUGGUCAAGGUUCUUCCCCAGCUACAGCCACCUGCGCGAGCGAAUAAGAAAGGGUGAUCUCGGCGCAAUAGAGGAAGUCAACGUUGAGUUGGGUUUUCCAAUUAGCAAUGUGGAGCGCAUCCGAAGAAAGCAUCUCGGGGGAGGAACAGUGCUUGACCUGGGAGGGUAUAACAUUCAGCUGGCUUUGCAGGUGUUCCAGGAAAUUCCCGAUGAGAUCGAUGCUGACGGGGAGUUGAACGAGGAAAAUGUUGACAUUGAAACCAACGUGUUGUUACACUUUCCCAGUGGCGGUGUGGCGACAAUGAGAACCAGUGGGGUGGAGAAUUUAUCCAACAAAGCGGUGAUUGUGGGGUCUGCCGGAAGUAUCACGCUGCAUGACUUCUGGUGUCCGACAGAGCUAACCGACAUAGAUGGCACCAUUCGAUCUUAUCCGCUGCCGAAGUCAAAAAUCGAAUGUAUUCAGAAGAACAGCGUUGGUUUGCGAUACGAAGCGGAGGAAUGCAGGAAGCGACUGCUUGCCGGUGAUUUAGAAUCUGCCGUUGUGUCACACGCCGACAGUUUGGCUGUGGCGCGCAUCCAGGAUGUAAUCAGGAAAAAGGUAGGUGUUGAAAUGGCGGAAGAUUAUAUUUUCAAACCAUGAAAAGUUGGGUGUUGCCAAUCAUUAUAGCAUAUUUGGUAUUCAUCAAAAUAAAUCGCCAGCCUGUAUAUGAAUUACACAUCAAAAAAGUAUAAUGGUCAACUAAGGUUGAUUUCUGAUUUGAAUAUAUUGAAUAACAGUGGGGUCUAUUCCCGUGUUUACUUCAUGGUCGACAUCUGGAUACGAAAUUAAUUUUCCACUAAAACAUAUAAAAUCAUCUUCAAAUAAGAUUUUUGUAAGAGAUAAUUUCACAAAAUGAAAAAAAAGAAGUUUUCCAUUCAGAUUGAACACUAAUUAUUAUUAAUUAUUAUCAUUAUAAUCUUUGACGAUUCACUAACUCGUAAAACGAAGUUCAAUGACGUGCCGUUCAUUUCGUUUUCACCGUGAAGUGUAUACGGGAAUACAGCCCAGUAUCUAUGGAAAUCACUUUUCAAUUUCCACAGUAAAAAUAUAACUAUGAAUAUAUUGAUAUCUUGAUAAGUGUGGGAUAGUGUUAGAAAACAUACAUGUCUAAAUCUAAAUAGAACGGUUAGAAUACCUCUAGUAUCGAAAUAUGGUGCUUCUCUAGACGAACGUUUCCUAUUAGCUUAUAGUAGAGUAUGAACAAGUA